GUCCACAGAUGAAUCUUUCUCCGGACGGAUCGUGGAGCUCUUGAACCCUGGGGGCAUCGUCACACAAUUUCUUUAGUUGAGUGGAGAAGAUUAACUCCAAGUGACCUUUUAAAGACAAAUUGUCUCGGGAGUCAUUGCGUGAUGAAUUAAUUCCCAGAGUUCUUGUGAUUUAAUGGUGCAUGGUAUUUCGGGGUCGUGAAAGGGGAAGGAAUAUUGUUUGUUGCCUAAUCGUCCAAUAGCUCUUUUGUCGUGCUUUUUUUUCUGCUCAAACACAGGAAUAAUAUCGUGCAAUGUGUGUGAAUUUGAGGUAUAUCAACGGUCUGUCGAACAUUUCUAGCUAGUCAAUACCUCUAGACACUCGCGAUUGGAAGCACAUAGUCAUUCUUUCACCUGAUGCGACACUUUUCCCCUUUUUUUUGAACCACCUGUUCCUGGGCGCACUGUGGAAAUUUUUGUGAUUACCGCAAAAUCAAUUUCUAAGAGUUAAAAAUCAAUUCGGAGCUCCACAAAUAUUAAUGACCUAAAAAAAAGUGAGAUAAUAUUAUAAAAGUGUGUGAUUGACUUUGUUGGAAAAUCUUGACGAAAUCUCAACAGAAGCAAAAGAGAAGAUCCGAAGCUGGAGUGUCGUGGUUUCAUAACACAAAUCUCAUACAGUCCUCCCCAGUCAAAGACACAGAGUUGUGGUUGAAAGUGAAUACACUCAAGAGACGAUUAGCUCAUGAAAGAAAUACCCAUUUCUCGGGUAACCUUCACUGCAAAACACACGAUUGCGUGGGAGUUCUGAAGAGGCCACAUUACCCAUCGGAUAUCGAUCCGUGUGAAUUGCUCAUCACCGUCCACGUGGUCGUGGAGAUUUUGCGCGCGCAAUUUUGCCCCAGACUCACGUCGGCGAAACCAUCCAGCCCAUCCAGCUGUGAUUGCAUCAAAGCAUAAACACUAGUGAAAAGAAUUCCCAACAAUGUUGACUGACUUCGAUGAGAUGCCCGCCAUUAAAUUGGGGGAGUACACACUGACUUUCGAGUUGGAUCCAUUGGGUCCCGUAGGUCAGGGUGUUGCGGAGAGAGAACUGCGGGAGACUCCAGAAAGACAGAAAAAAGCUACCGAAGAGCUGAGAACUUUACUUAAAGAGGAAAAAGACUUGGUGCUACCGUUGGACAAUGAUGGUUGGCUCAUCAGGUUCUUAAGGCCGUGCAAAUAUUACCCGGAAAGUGCCAGGGACCUUGUGAAAAACUACUACGGGUUUAAGGUGAAGCAUAAGGAGCUGUAUUGUGGGUUGGUGCCUUCCAAGGAGGCCAACAUUUUUAAGCACAACAUCAUUACGGUUUUCCCGAAUCGUGAUCAACUUGGGCGACGGAUUCUGCUGUUGGAGCUGGGAAAACGGUGGAAGCACAAGGAAGUGAACCUCGAUGAGGUCUUCAAGGGCUGUGUUCUCUUCAUGGAGGCCGCUAUGGUGGAACCUGAGACGCAAGUGAAUGGGGCUGUAGUCAUCUUCGAUAUGGAUGGAUUGUCAUUGGGACAAACGUGGCAGUUUACACCACCGUUCGCCAAGAGGAUUGUCGAUUGGCUACAGGAAUCUGUUCCUUUACGAGUGAAAGGAAUCCACAUAAUUAACCAGCCCAAACUCUUCAAUAUUGUCUUCGCACUGUUCAAGCCCUUCCUCAAGGAGAAGCUGCGUAACAGAAUCUACUUCCACGGCAGUGAUCGUGAUUCUCUGCACAAUCAUAUCUCACCCAAGUGCCUCCCACCUGCCUAUGGUGGCACUAUUGAGAUGACUCGGGUCACGGGAGAUCAAUGGUAUCAGCUCUUGCUCAAAUGCGACCAGGAAUUCCGCGCAAUCAACAGCUACGGCUACAAGGAAGUAAUCUCCAAUUGACCAUCCCAACUUCUUUUGCUGUACAAUAAAUUUAGUUUGUAAUAAAGGGUAUUAGAAUUUA